AUGGGUUCUGCUGUAUCGUAUUAUGAUUCUCUUGUUGAGAUUCCUGAAAUGAUGAAUAAUGAUCAAGAAGAAUCAACUGGGGUGAAUUCAAUUUCAAGAGUUUCGUUUCAAGAAUUACCUCCCAAGACACCACUAUUCGAAACUCAAUCUCCCAUUUCCUCUCUAAAACAUCUUUCUCCACCUUCUCCUAGUAACAAGGUUCUCCUCCAACCAAUUCAAAAUCCAUUUCCCCUCAAAGCAAGUUUCGUACAAAAUGAUUCGGCUCCACCAGCUCAACAACCAAUCAGAAGAUACAAAUUCUCAUCAUCACCUAGGUCAACCAUGAAAGAAAAUACUGAUAAGUGUCCUUUCGAACAAGAAAACAAACGAAACCAAAAGAAAAUUCAACUCCCGCCAAUUGAUAUGAAUGAAAUUCCAUCUGUUGUGGUGGAAGUACCAAAUAUCGAACUCACUCUCCCUCCAAUUAAUGUAAAUAACAAUCUACCAACUGUACAAAUUCCAUUACCUUCGAAAUCAGAAGAAAUUGAUUCGAAACUAGACGAAUCAACAAACCAUCAAUCUACAGUUUCGAAUGGGUUCACUGUAGAUGACAAUUACCUCAAGAGAAGAAAAUUAGACGAAUACAUUCACAUGAAACAAUGUAAUGCGAGUGAAGAAAUGUUUCGUCUGCGUCAAUUUCAGUUUCCAAUAUCAAAUAAAUUGGUCAUGCAGUGA